AUGUCUUCUUCUGGGCUAAAAAAGGCCUCUGUGAGCCAUCAUCACCACCAGCAGCAUUUUGGAUACCACGAAGAUACUCGAGCUGCAGUGAGGGCCACGCGUUUUGUAAGUACACGGCGACCUAACCGCUCCUCUCCCCACUCAGCAAGUUCCCCCUCUCGUCUCGACGGUUUGGAAGACCCACAACCCGUCUCCGCUGCGAACGACAGACGCUCAGCCUUUGUAACCAACGAUGCCAUUUUGGUUUUGCAACCAGCACCGAAACCAGCUUGGAUGCACGUCUCUCCAAACAUAAUACAACGUGGGCCGCGAAACGAUCGAUUUAUCCCUGCGUACACGCCCAAGGUUAACAAAGUAAAAUCGACAAAACACAAGGGCAACAUCAGAUCGCAUCUCAAACGAUCGAUGCAGAAUGACUCGACCUCCAUUGAUCUAGAUCGAUCCGCCCUUGAAAACGAAGGAUUGGGAAUAUAUACAAAUCUCGAACGGGAUCGGCGAUAUAGUGACACUGCCACUUCCCGUCGAACUGGGCCCGCCUCCCACCAUAGAUCUACAAGUGGAACAUCUCAAUUUUCGGCCACAACUGGGUCAUCUCUGCAUAAACCUGGCUCCCAAUAUGUCCACCCAAUGCGCCAGACCCCUCGACCUCAUACUCCACCUAUUUGUCAUUCUUAUCAAAAUUCUGUUAUUGAAAGCGACCACGACCACUCAGCAGAGGCCAGCAGGUUCGGUACUGAUUUUGAUAACGGGAUACCUGUCGCCCGAGAGGUCUUUGCUCCGGUUUUAUCUGGCCUAAAUGUCGAAUCUCAACCGUAUCUAGCCCCGGGGAGCUCAUUGACAAACAUCGUUUCUCCAACUCCGCCAAGUCAUACUUUUGAUAGCUAUGAAACCGUGUCACCGCUUUCCAGAAGCUCCCUUGAUUUUGCAUUUCGUUCAAGAACCCGCACGAACACGGAUCCAUCCGCUAGAGCUGCUGCAGUCCAGGCUGCCCGACAAGCAUUUGAAGAUAAAGAGGCUGCCAAACUGCGCAAGUUAGAGAAGCAAAAUAUGAAAGCCCAGGAUCGUGAACUACGCCGGCAGGAGAAGAGAGAACAUCACUUUCAGCCACCAUUCACCACCUCUUCUACGGGUACAUGGUUUAAUGAGAAUCGAAAAUCGUCGGAAGCCAAUGGUUCUGGUCGUAGGUCUAUGAAUGAGAAGACCGAGAAACCUGGCACCGGCUUUCCGCAGGCCAAUAUCAGUCAUAGAUUCGAGAGCCCAAAAAGCACAUGGGUUUUAUUCGUUACUUGGCUGAGGACAAAACUAUUCAAAAUGAGCAGAAAAUUUAGCAGGAAGAAGACUUGA